AUGACAGAGUCUAUUCAAAAGUAUUAUCCUCGUUUAAAUGAAGUUGAACAACAAUUUAUUUUGCGCUUACCGGAACAAUAUGCCAUCGAAUUGCACGAACUGAUGAAAAGAAAUUUGGCAGAAACGCUGACUAUUACCUGGACGGACAACCAAUUUAGGACAGCAGAUAUUACUUUUAAGGAUAAAAAGUUAUAUGGAAAGUUAAUGGAUCUGCCUUGCAUUGUUGAAAGUCAGAAAACGUUGAAUAAAUCCUCUUUUUACAAAACCGCGGAUAUUUGCCAAAUUUUGGUGGCUUCUGAAACGCCUUUUGAGGAUGGUAGUAAGCAGGGAUCAUGCAAUAAAAAAAAUCCUUUUGCUUUUCCGGACGGCUUAACUCCACCGCUUAAGAAUGCAAGGAAAAGAAGAUUUAGAAAAACAGCAGCAAAGAAGCUUCUAGAACGCGAAGAUGUUGAACAAGAAGUUAAUUUACUACUUAAAGAAGAUGAUCUUGCCAUUGAUGUGAAAACUGAGUGGGCCUCCGAUGAAGAAGAUACUGAGGACAAAAUUGAAGUGGAAGAAAUGGAUGACGACGGCGAUUUAGCGAAGCCUCGUACCAUUGUUACGAAUUUUCCUCACGAUGACCAGCAAUCUACUAACGAAAAUAAGGAUAUUAACGUUUUGGAAAGUAAAGAUAAUCAAUUCAACGUUUCACAAAAAAUCUAUUUUCCAGAAGAAAAUAUUUCUACUGAUUUUUCGAAUUCGAGCGUUAUUAAUACUAAUAAAAAAGAUCAAAUGAAUAACGGGAGCGACAGCGAUCUCGGUCUCGAAAAUGAAAGCGAGGAAGAAAAGGAAAGAGUCGAGCCGGUUCCCGAGCAAUUUGAACUCGAAUCUGAACUCGGCCAGAACCUCGUGGAGGACACUUCGGCCCCCGUGGGUCUUUAUACAACGGAGUCUCAAAUUAAUUAUGAAACGCUUCCUGAAUUUAUUGAACUUAUAAAGUCUCUUGAUAGUUUGGAAAAUGAACUUCGCGAUCUUCAAAUAAAAAUAAACGAACGUUUGGAGCAGAUUUCAAAAACAGCUAAUCCGAUUCUUCAGGUUGAUUGCUAUUUGUUGCUCGCUGUAUAG